AUGACCCCCAACUUCUGGCUGGGAUCCUGGAAGAGGCUCUCUGUCUGUCUCUCUCAGUUCCCUCCAGGUGUCUAUCUCUCUCUAACUUGCAUUUUUUCUGUGUGUACAUGCCCAUGUCACCCUCUCCCUCUGCCACUCCCCUACCAGGCUGGCCGCCAUCCCUGGCCUUCUCCAGCUGUGAACGGGUCAGCGGGGCAGGAGCCCCAGAGGCAGCUCCCGGAUAUGCUGAGUGGGGCUUGGGAACCACCUCGAGGAGAUGGGCUGCCCCUGCUCACUGUCAUCGUCACUGCCUUUGUCCUGCUGGCAGUCUGUAUUGUGGUGGCAGUCCACUUUGGGCCAAGACUACAUCAGGGCCAUGCCACUCUCCCCACAGAGCCACCAGCCCCGAAGCCAGAGGGUGGCAUCUACCUCAUCCACUGGCGAGUGUUGGACCCCUGGGACAGUCAUGAAGAUGCCCAGCAGGAACCUCCUGUCCCUGGCUCCUACCCUGUGCCAGAUGGGCCUACGCUCAGCAUUGAAGAAGUUACAUAUCUAUAGGAGGAAGACUUUGAAAAGCUGGACUGACCUGGCUCAGAACAAGCAACUGGACAGAGAAUUAGGGCAAAAGAAAAUUGGGUCUUGGGCAUCAGAGCUUUGGAAGGGCACACAUGGACUCAGCUGGAGCUGCUCUCCCUGCAGAAUAUUUAUAGAGAAAGCCCUGAUGUGGACAGGAGAAAUAAAAGAAACUUGAGGGCUUUGCCCAGAAACAUGCUGCUGUGAGCAUUCCCAGUGCCAAAGGCCACCUUUACAAAGCUACCCUCUCCUUUUCAAGGACCAUCAGAUCCCUGACCAAGUCCUCACUCUCUCCUCUCAUCCCUAAUCUCCUUUGCUUUUGUUGUUAAUGUGAGUCCAGCUUGAAAGAUUCCACCACCCACUCCACCCGUGUGCAGGGAUAUCAGAGUCUCCCUGUGGAGGUCCCGUCCCCAAAGCCCCCAGGUCCUGUGAGGGCCAGCCAAGGAGAGGG